GUGUGGUAUCUGCGCUUCUGCUAAGCAUUGUCACCCGCGAGUGCUCCAACCAUCCUCUCCCAUCCAGGCACAAUUGGCGGAUCCCAGAUUGUCCUCCCGGGUCGCUCUAGCUGCCGUCUCUAUGGUUCGGGGACGCGCCGGGUCGCGGCCAGCCCGGGCUCGCUGGUGCGCGUGCGCGAUCCUAGCGCGUGCCCGGCCUCCGGCAACUGCCCUGGCUGGCGGGUGGGAGGGGUGGGUCUGGGAACGUUGCGGCGGCCGUGGCCGCGGCCCCUGCGCGCACGGCAGUCCCCCGCCGCCGCCUCAGAUGAUGGGUCCCGAGGAUGCCGGAGCCUGCUCGGGAAGAAACGCCGAGCUGCUCCCAGUCCCGGGGCCCAUGGGUCAGGACGGGAAGACCGUCCACACCGCCGGCGGCUUUGGCGGAGGCGCUGUCGCCGCGGAGUCGCCAGAGGAGGCUGGAGAGGAGGAGGAAGCGCCGCGGCCGCGGCAGCUCCUGCAGCGGUAUCUCGCGGCGGCCGCGGGCCCGCUGCAGCCCGGGCUCGGCGGGGCGGAGGCGGCGGCUGUCCCCGCGGCGUGCCGUUCAAGCAUGACCAACGGGGACUCGGGAUUUUUGCUGCGCCAGGACCGUCGCGGCCCGGAGGAGGAGCGUCACCGCCGAUCCUGCGGCCACCCUUGCCUGCUAGAUCCCGCGGACGAGGGUGUGGACGGCGCGGGUGGCCCGGACGACUGGGCCGCGCCGCUGGAGGACCCGCUACGGAGCUGCUGCCUGGCGUCGGGGGACACCGACGACCCAGAACCCACAGCUGCCACCUCUGCCGCGAGAUCGGGUGGGAGCGCGGAGCCCAGCCCCGGCCUCCCCGACGCCCGCUUCAGCUCUCGGAACACGUUCGAGGUGAGCCGCCGCCAGAGCGCCGGCGACCUCCUUCCCUCGGCGGGGACACCCGCAUCCCUGCCAACGGCGGAGCAGAGUCCCGGGGGCACCACGGCUCGAGCUCGACGGAGCGGUGGCUUCGCGGAUUUCUUCGCCAGAAACCUUUUUCCAAAAAGGACGAAAGAACUCAAAUCAGUUGUUCAUAGCGCUCCUGGAUGGAAGUUAUUUGGUAAAGUUCCUCCCAGAGAAAAUCUUCAGAAAACAUCCAAAAUUAUUCAGCAGGAAUAUGAAGCACGAACAGGGAGAACCUGUAAAGUACCACCUCAGUCUUCAAGACGUAAGAAUUUUGAGUUUGAGCCACUUUCUACCACUGCCCUGAUUCUUGAGGACCGGCCAUCGAAUCUUCCUGCAAAGUCUGUGGAAGAGGCUUUACGUCACCGGCAAGAGUAUGCUGAGAUGGUGGCUGGAGCGAAAAAACGAGAAAUUAAAGAAGCACAUAAAAGAAAAAGAAUAAUGAAAGAACGAUUUAAGCAGGAAGAAAGCAUUGCAAGUGCAAUGGUAAUUUGGAUCAAUGAGAUACUGCCCAAUUGGGAAGUAAUGCGUAGUACAAGAAGAGUUCGAGAAUUGUGGUGGCAGGGACUGCCCCCUAGUGUUCGUGGGAAAGUUUGGAGUCUAGCUGUAGGAAAUGAACUAAAUAUCACUCCUGAACUGUAUGAAAUCUUUCUUUCAAGAGCAAGAGAACGGUGGAAGAGCUUCAGUGAAACCAGUUCUGAUAGUGACGUUGAAGGUAUAUCUGUUGCUGACCGAGAGGCUAGCCUGGAAUUAAUUAAGUUGGACAUAUCCCGUACAUUUCCAUCUCUCUACAUCUUUCAGAAGGGUGGUCCAUAUCAUGAUGUUUUACAUAGUAUCUUAGGGGCAUAUACAUGUUACAGACCUGAUGUUGGUUAUGUCCAGGGGAUGUCCUUCAUCGCAGCUGUGCUCAUUCUCAACCUGGAAGAAGCAGACGCCUUCAUUGCCUUUGCAAAUCUCCUAAAUAAGCCAUGCCAGUUGGCCUUUUUCCGGGUGGACCACAGCAUGAUGUUGAAGUAUUUUGCAACAUUUGAAGUAUUCUUUGAGGAAAACCUGUCCAAACUAUUUCUUCAUUUCAAGUCAUAUAGCCUUACACCAGAUAUAUACUUGAUAGAUUGGAUCUUCACGCUGUACAGCAAGUCACUGCCACUUGAUCUGGCUUGUCGUGUCUGGGAUGUGUUUUGCAGAGAUGGAGAGGAAUUUUUAUUUAGGACUGGAUUGGGGAUCCUCCGGCUAUAUGAAGAUAUACUCCUACAGAUGGACUUUAUUCAUAUAGCACAAUUUCUUACCAAAUUGCCAGAAGAUAUCACAUCAGAAAAGCUUUUCAGCUGUAUUGCAGCCAUUCAGAUGCAGAAUAACACCAAAAAAUGGACUCAGGUCUUUGCGUCUGUAACGAAGGACAUUAAGGAAGGUGAUAAGAACAGCAGUCCUGCUCUGAAGAGCUGACAUUGGAGUCAGGGACGUGCUGAAAUGCAGAAGCUAAUUUUGGGGGAAGUUUCCUGUUUCGUGCUGAUAGCAUGGAGAGAAGUGCUGGAGAGAAGAAUCAAGACCUGGAAAACCGCUGAGUUGAAGUUCCAUGGCUGAAGGAAAUGAAAUACGUAAUUUAUUGACAGUAUUAACAAAAAAGUACUUGGGAGAGCCAUUUUUCAGAGGAAAAGGCUUAGAUGGCCUUUACAUACUCCAUAAUAUGGAGUGAAUACUUUAAAUGCAAUAAUUUUUUUAAUAUAGCUUCAACAGAAACUUCAAUUUUUUUAUAUCUUUUCUUUUUUAACAAUUACCACAAACGCACUUCAGGGGUCAGAAUAGGAUUGUUAAAUCCUACUUUAACCUCCAAAAAAGAUAGGAUACAUGUAUUAUCUCCAGUUCUGGGUGUUUGAAGCUGUUGUAGACCAAUAGGAAGCAUCUACGUUGUAUGUUAUUGAAGUCACUGUAACUCCUGCUUACCGUAUCAUAGCCUAGGGCAGUUCUGACCUUCUAGAACUGGAAAUGUUGGUGGGACAUUGUUUCUUGUUUUGUUUAUGGUGUUUCCCACAGUGUUGUGUCCCUUUGUUUUUGAAGAGAAAUUCUUUCUCUAAGGAGUUUCUAUUACAGAAGAAUUUUAGCCUUUUUGUUUCUUGUCUGACAAAUUGUUAGGUAGUAACUUAACAUUAAAAAACUAACUGGUAGAAUGAAAGAUCUUUUUGCACUUUAGUGGACUGAAGACUUGACUUUGAGAGUAAGAGUAAAAAAGCAAUGAAUUCUAAGAGUUCUAGAUAACACACUACUUACAAGACUUGAAUUUUUUAGUUAAAAUCCAUCUUCUAUCUAUAGAAACAAAUUUUAUUAAUUUCAGUUUGAAAUUUGAAAUCUUAUAUAGCUAAGUCUAAGACUUGUGAAACUCUAUGCAUAAUUUUCUAAUUGAUGGGAAUAAUAGUAAAAGUAAUUUUACCUUUUUUCUUAGUCUUUUUGAUGGCAUCUCAUAUAAAUUAUUAAUCAUUGGUAAACUGGUAUUAAAUUUAUUAUACUUAAUUUUUGAACCUAACCUAAAUCAUUUGAAUUAUUAUGGGUCACAUCUGUACAAAAUACUGUUUGGUUACUGAUUAGAUUUAUACUGUUUUGAUGUUGCAGUUUGGUUUGAAACAACAUAGAAGCACACAUUUCUGUUAGUGGUGAACAAUACAUACAUAUAUAUAGUCUCUAGACUAAAAAGCCAGAGAUUCUUCCUUAUGGUAUAGUAAAUUACCUAAGGAAUAUGGGACCAGAGGGUGUCCAUAUAUUUUUACCCUAUGGGUUGAUCAUUCUAGCCUCGGGAACCCUGAAGAGUUAACUCCUAUCGAAGGGGCUGGCUCAGUGAAGCUGGUAGUGUUAAUAAAAUACUGAAGGAGUUUCUAGAGUCUUAAUAGGUUUCAGGAUGAGCUUUUAACUCUGUGACUAUGCCUUGCUUGAUAUUGGUGUCCCUCAUAAAGGGCACAUAACCUCUGGCAGUAAUCUCUGAAUUUAUAUUACUUGACCUGGGUUUAAUUUUACUUUCAGGUAUUAGUUUCCUGAGGUGGUCUUAUGUUCUGUAUUUCUUUUUCUUACCUUUUUUAUUGUACAGUUUCUUUACCUUCCAAGUAUAAAUGUGUAUAUAAAAUGUAAAUACAAGAAAGUCACUAAAAACCACUAGUAACAAUUACUAUGAAAAUAAAACUUGUAAGCAGAA